AUGAGUAAGUUGUUCUUCCUUAAAACUCGGUUUAAUCUAAGUUUGAUUGUUUCAGCCGAGUUCUUGAAGGAGAAGAAGGGGAAAGUUUGGAAUUUUAGUGAUUGGGGAAUGCGUAGACUGGCGUAUAAGAUACAAAAGGCAGAGAAUGGUCAUUAUAUACUGCUAAACUUUGAGAUGGAAGCUAAACAUUUGAACGAGUUCAAAGGGAUAUGUUGGAUGGUGAUGAGAGAGUGA